GAUCCCAAUGGUUUCAUUGCUCAUAUUUAUAAUGUCUCCGAAGCUGUUUCACCCGCCAUCACAUUGGGAUUUCUCGGAACAGAUCCUCGCAUUGGCGAACUAUGUCAGUACUUCAAGGUAUGUAGUACAGAAAGUCAAAUCUAUCUUUUAGUUGUUGUUUGUUUUUGCAUGAUUGAUAAUCAGACUGAUAGUUGUCAAGUUGUUCUUAAACUCGUCUCAUCCCGUGGUCAA